AUGGCGGCGCCCAAGAUGGCGGAGCCGCAGCCUGAGGGCCCGGCGGAGCGCCCGGGGCCCGGCGGGGGCCGGUGGGUCCGCCUGAACGUGGGCGGCACCUACUUCGUCACCACCCGGCAGACGCUGGGCCGCGAGCCCAAGUCCUUCCUCUGCCGCCUCUGCUGCCAGGAGGACCCCGAGCUCGACUCCGACAAGGACGAGACCGGAGCCUAUCUGAUCGACCGAGACCCCACCUACUUUGGCCCUAUCCUGAACUACCUCCGCCACGGAAAACUCAUCAUUAACAAGGAGCUGGCGGAAGAAGGCGUGCUGGAAGAAGCCGAGUUCUACAACAUCGCGUCCCUCGUGCGGCUCGUCAAGGAGAGGAUACGUGACAACGAGAACAGAACCUCCCAAGGCCCCGUGAAACACGUGUACCGAGUCCUGCAGUGCCAAGAGGAGGAGCUGACUCAGAUGGUGUCCACCAUGUCCGACGGCUGGAAGUUCGAACAGCUGAUCGGCAUCGGCUCGUCGUACAACUACGGCAGCGAGGACCAGGCGGAGUUCCUGUGCGUGGUGUCCAGGGAGCUGAACAACUCGACCAACGGCAUCGUCAUAGAGCCCAGCGAGAAGGCCAAGAUCCUCCAGGAGCGAGGGUCCCGGAUGUGAGCCUUAGCUCGCAGCCAGCGCAGAUGCUGCUGCCCAGCCCAGCCCGGCCUUUCUCCACGGCCUGGACUUGCUCUCGGACAAUGACCUAGCGAACGCAGAGCCGGCCCGCGCCGCCCCGCCCCGCCCCACCCCGCCGAGAGCCGUUCUGGGUGAAGCCAAAGGACCCCCUGCUCCUCCCCUCCCCCGGCACAGGAGCCAAGGGCAGCAGAGUCGGCCAACUGCGGGGCCGAGCCCCAUGGGAGCCUGGACUGGGGCUGGGGCCUGGCCAGGGGAGGGGGGAUGGGGGAUUUGUGCCUGGUGGCGCUACGUGCUCACACCCAGGGGUGGCCCACCCCCACCCGGAGCUCGUGCCACUCUUCCCCGACCUCUUCCUCCUGUGUCUCCGCUCCCCCACCCCCCGCCCCCAGCCCGAGGUUCAGCAGGAGCAGCGGAGGCCGGAGACGCCACGUGGAAAAUCAGAACUCUCUUCUCUUUCUUUUCUAAAUUAUUUUGACCUGGAAACGGCUGUGUCUCGGCUGUCUGUGUCCGUUUCCCAGCUUCAGGCUCGUGUCCUGAAGGAUGGGAGGUUCCCCGCUCCCAGCGGACCACCCGGCUGGGCUUGGAGUGUCCCCGGCACUCACUGCUGUUGUCUGUGGCUUUUCCCGGUCUGUGUCCUGCAGCGUGCGCCCCUCCCCUCCCUCGCCCCCGCCGGGCCUCCCGCUUUGGUCCCGGAAGCUGCUCGGGACGGCUGUCCCAGGCCGCUGCCGGCGGGCGGGCCGCCGACUGGGCUGACCGUUGGAAGCCGUACCCGAGGGCUGGGGCUGAAGCCAGGCUAUCCGCCUCCCUUGGCCCGUUGGCCAGUGGCUGUGGAAAGACUAUCUCCCCAGGAGGAGAGGCCGGGGAAGGAGGAAGGGAGACAGUGGUGAGAGAUUGCCAAAGACCAUGGUGGUGGUGUCGACUGGCGGCUGCCUUCCUGAGAAGGCCUUGGGUGGGGCGAGGGGUGUGGAUGUGAGUGUGGGUGGGUGUACGUCUCUCUCUGCCUGGGCCAUUUCCAGUCUGUACGAAACACGCUUUUUCCUCUG